GAAGCCAAGGAUGCCCUGGAAGCCAAGGAGCGGUACAUGGAGGAGAUGGCGGACACCGCCGACGCCAUCGAGAUGGCCACGCUGGACAAGGAGAUGGCGGAGGAGCGCGCCGAGUCCCUGCAGCAGGAGGUGGACUCCCUGAAGGAGAAGGUGGAAUAUCUCACCAUGGAUCUGGAGAUCCUGAAGCACGAGAUCGAAGAGAAAGGCUCGGACGGAGCAGCGUCCAGUUACCAAGUCAAGCAGCUGGAGGAGCAGAACGCGAGGCUCAAGGAAGCGCUUGUGAGGAUGCGGGACUUGUCGGCAUCGGAGAAGCAGGAACACGUGAAGCUCCAGAAGCAAAUGGAGAAGAAAAACACGGAGCUGGAGUCCCUGCGGCAGCAGAGGGAGAAGCUGCAGGAGGAGGUGAAGCAGGCGGAGAAAACGGUCGAUGAGCUGAAGGAGCAGGUGGACGCGGCUUUGGGUGCCGAAGAGAUGGUGGAGACCCUGACGGAGAGAAACUUGGACCUGGAGGAGAAGGUCCGGGAGCUGCGCGAGACCGUUGGGGACCUGGAAGCCAUGAACGAGAUGAACGACGAGCUGCAGGAGAACGCCC